CGCAUAUCAUUUGGGUGGCUGAUGGCAAGUUGGCCGAAAUGGGAAAUUUACGAGGAAUGCCUUGCAAAAGAUCGCGUGAUGUCUGCCAAUGGGGACUUUCAAGACUUCAAAAAGAAGGUGUUGAAAGCCUCCACCGAAGAGAUUGAUGCUCAGGCGAAGCAUGCGCCGAUCAUGUGGAGCUUCUUGAUCGCCUUCGCCGAGAAGAAACCUUUCUACCGGUCCUUGAUCAUUCAGGUCUUCAACAAAUUGAUCUCGGUGCCCAGCUGGGCUUCUGCCUGGGAAGCAGAUAAGGCGCUGCAUCAGAAGGUGCAGACCUUGCACGAGGACCUGCAGUCGGCCAUCGGAGCGCAGCACGAGGUGCUACAGAAAUCCAUCGCCCCCGCCUUGAUGCAGUCUGUGACCAAGGUGAAACACGAGGAGAAACCUGAGGAGGUGCGCCUGGCCAUGGAGCGCGAACGUCUCAUUGACGCCAUCAAGGAGGAAGAGGAUGCUUCUACGGCUGCUGAGGUGGUUUCGAAAGGGGAUGGAAGUUUUCCAUCAGAGCACUUGAUGUUGCAGGGAAAUGAU